UUGUAAGACAAUAAUUCCACCAAACUGUGUUAAAUUAAGAGCAUAUUUAACAAACAUUAUUGACGUUAAUUGUUUAAAUACUUGUGAUAGAAGAAUAAACAUGGUCCACGAUAUGACCGGGGUUUCACAGUUUGGGUUUGCCGCCCUGCGACCGAAAAGUAAAGCCAUGUAUACAGGAUUUCUACUAGCUUUUAUUAUUAGGGUUUUGGAGGCCGAGUUAAUAGCAAACCCAUCUAGCACGUGGUAUGACGGGUACAUAAAAUGUCGACAAAGUGGUCUGGACAUGGCUACGUGGUUUGAUGUAACGCCUGACAUGAACAUAACAUAUCCCAUUUGGUUAAACGGCCUCGAAGUGCGGGUCAACUACCUAGACAGCUUCUUCUUAAUACGUAAAUUGCCGAAAAAUGAAUUGGCCUAUGUUUGGUGUGUGAACAGCACAGCGUUCGUGGACAGCAGAAUAAGGAUGACGUUUGAGGAAGGACGCAAAUAUAACCAGAAUCAACCCAGUGGAUCGCAAAUGGAUUUUCCGUUAGUUAAUCAUACAAACCUGCACUUGUUUGGUUUUUCUUCUAUGUAUUGGUAUUGGAUAAAGGCUGAAGAAGUCGGACAAUUUCUAAACUCGGAAGACCUGACUGCGCAAUGUUUUGUGCUCAAAGACAUUGGCGAUAGGCGAAAAGACAACUGUACCAACAAAUAUUCAUUCAUCUGUGUAAAUGCAACUGUUCACGACUAUAUACAUUACACCGGAAAAGAGUCGAGGGUGGAAUACUACGAUCCGACGUCAUCUAGAACACCAGUAACAUCAUCAGCGGUUACUUCAGAGUUUGUGACGUCACUUGUUACGUCGGAAACUUACAUAGGCGUUGAUGUAACCACUAGCGCAGCAAACACCCCGUUUUAUUUGCACGUUUCAACCAGCGACCCUAAAAACGAAAAAUUGGCGAAGGCAUCGUCCAUUAUUAUAUGGGUAUCAACAACUCUGGGCUCAUGUCUGGUUGUACUUAUCGUCAUAAUCGCUUGUUUGUGCAUCAAGAGGAAACAAGGGAGCAACGCUCGAACUGCCUUUCAACAAAACGAUAUUGUACUGCCAUCGAAUGUUCCGCAGGAAGGUCUCGAAGAAAACAGCAUGCAGUAUGAUUCGCUUCCCGACGAUAUAACAGAACGUAAAUUAACACCGUACAACUCACUCCAGAUGAAAGAGAGGCAUCUGUACACUGCCUCGGUGGAACCCAGAUUCAUGUCAACAGAAACGUCUUAUGUAAUUGGUCGAAUAGCCGAGAGUGACUAUCCAGUUGAGACACAGUUUGAAAUGUCAGAACGACAAGAGAACAAUUACGACGGACCGGAAAAUGACGAUCAAGGGGACACAAACUACGAUGAUGUCGAAGUGUCGAAAAAAGACAGUCAAGAGAAAAUAAAUACCGAAUCCGAGGCCAACAUGUCGUAUUGUUUUGUUAAAUAAGGUACACAAUUAAUCAAUGCUUCCAAAAAUGCAUAUAUAUGGUUUUGUUUAAACUUAAACUAUGUAUGGAUAAGAUGUUGAAUUGCUCAACACCAAAUUAAGCUUAUGUUCGCAAAUAUCGAAACGUAUGAUAAGGCAAUUUAAUUAUAAACAAACAAAAAUUGAACUUGUUCUGAAAGUCUGCAACUACAGUUAAAUUUUCCCGGACGUGUUUAAUGUAGAGUGCAUGGAACCAGCAGCUCAGAAAGUUCAUUGUUUAAUCGUCACUGUUAUGUCCCGGCAUUAAGAAGAUAGAAACCGCAUCGGAAUAGUAAAUUGCUAUAUUUCAUUCAAUAAUUAAAUGGCUACAUGUUGUGAACGCUUUAACAAUGCGUAUACAUUGUAUUUAAGACUUUGUGCUUAUAUAGUUUUAAUGCGACUUCUUUUACCAGAAAAAUGAAACAUUUAUUUGUAAUUGUAAUCAAUAAUAUUUACCCCAUCUUAGUAAAAGAAUAAAAUGGUACAUACAAACUAA